AUGAGCGUCUUCACCGUAAUAACAGUUUUAUUUCUCAGCUGCCACAGUUGGACCUCAGGGUCUGUUCCUGAGUCUCAGACUGUGGAGGUCCAGCCUGGUGAAAACAUCACAUUGUCAUGUAUUAAUAAGGCUGGAUCCGCCACUCAAACAGAAUGGUUCAGAGUGACCAACAGAACCAAGGCCAGCUGUAUCUCCUCUAUGUUUGAGCAUGAUGAGACAGCUUCAUUCUGCGAUGGAUUUGGAAAGGAGAAAUAUGAGAUGAUGGCAAACACCUCCAAGAUCUUUCUUCAUAUCAAGGAUUUGGAUUUCUCUGACUCGGGGCUGUACUUCUGUGGAUUUUAUCUGAACGCACAUACAGUCAUUUCAGAGACGACAUACUUAAAUGUUCAAGUUACCAGUGAUUCUGACAAGGAUGCAAACAUUAGGACUAUAGAUGAGCCUGAUGGGAUAAAAAUCCUGAUUAUUGCUGUCCUGGGGGGUCUGAGCGGGGUCCUUGCCAUUGUAGCAAUUGCUCUGGCAGUUAAAAUCAGGAAACUGCAGACAGCUGUAAAUGAAGAGCUGCAGCAGGAGAGAAACAAGAAUGUGCCGUCGGAUAACCUGACCUACGCAGCUAUCAAUUUCCAAGCAAAACCAAAAAGAAAGCGACGACCGGCAUCUGGAAGAGAAAUCGAGCCAAAUGUUGUAUAUGCUGCCACCAGAUAAACUUAACUGGAACUGGUGGUCGAAGUCUGCUUUGUCAUAUCAUUGUACUGGUGUGUUUAUAUGUGAUUUAUUGAUGCCAAAAAGGCCAG